GUCAAGACAACCAGCAGGACCAAACUCCCAAGGGACCAACCAAGGAGCAAAUUGACGAGGCUGCAGAAAAGUUGAAAAAUGCUAAAAGUGAAGAAGAAUUGGAAGAGGCUUUGAAAAAAACUCGUGACACCGCCAAUAAUAGUUCAGGCAAGGAAUUAAAAAAACAAAAAGAGGAAAAGGAAAGAGAAUUAGGAGAAAAAAAUAAGCAAAAAGCCCAAGAAAUUAUUCGAGAUGAGGUAAAUGGUGUUUUAGAAGAAAACGGAAUAAAACCAGAGGAUUUAAGCACGGAG